AUGACGCUGCUCGAGGUCAACCCGGAACAUGCCAGGCAAGCAGCCAAAUUGGUCGAGAUCCGGGCGGAGUUGGACUCCUUGGCAACGCAGCACUGCAAUGCUUGCAUGGGCAAGGGGCCCGCACCUGACUUUUCAGUGGUACCUGGACUGCUGAAAGAGGUCACUGCUAUGCACGAGCAGCUACCGGAGCUGGAGCGUGCAAAGGCAGACAUGAUGCUUGGCUGUGGUUGGCACAUGCUGCACGAGGACGAGAAAGCGCUUGACCCCCUGCUGCGGGUCAUGUAUUCGAAUGGAGGAGUCGAGGUUGCCGACCAGCUUUCCGCCAUCCUGGUGGUCAUGCAAAUCCUCCGGAAGAAGGGCUCCUGGGACACAAUCGUUCAAGCUGGCAGCAAAGCCUUUGAAGUCGACGGCGGGCAAUGGGCGGAUCCAGUGCUUCCAUUCCUCAAAGGUGUCGCUUUAGCGAGGCUAAACAAGCCCGCAGAGGCAGCAGAUUUCCUGGAGGAGGCCAUCAACAUGAAUGCUGGCUUCAAGCAGGCCUACCUGGAGUUCGACCAGGCAGCUACCACGUUGCGUGACUUCGAGAGAUGUAGGCGCGUCGCACAGAAGCUGGUACAGCAUGGAGGCCACUGGGUUAGCUGCUGGCAGCGGCCACUUCAUUUCCAUGCUGGUGAAGACCCAAAGGUAACGUCUCAGCCAUGGUACGACCCAGACAAGUUUGAGCUGGUGCGCUGCCUGGAGGACAACGUCGCCGUUAUUCAAGGUGAGUUGGCGGCUCUUUGCGCUAGACCAAGCUACAGGUGGGGAGGAGUCGGCACAGCGCACCGAGGCAACCAAAAUUCGUCCCACGAUGCAGAUUUGGUGGCUGCUGGUGAAUGGCAGGAGGUGGUGCUUCUUGGGGACUCGGAUGAGUGCAUCGACAACUGUUCGCAUUGCCCAGCGCAAGAGGCUCAGCAUAAGGCUUCGCUCAGCGCAGUAGGAGCCAUGUACUUGAAUGACGUGACAACCGCUGUGGACGGCAUGGAUGGCAAUGUCUUCGCCGGUGUGCCCUGGCUUAAGAGGAGGAUUGUGUCUAGUAAUGAGAUGCUUGGCUGCAUGCAGCUUUUGGCGGUGCAGAGUACAUUCAAGCAGUGGUCCUCCCUUUCUGUCCAGCCUCCAGGAAAAGGAGAGCAGACACUUUCGGAGGAGAGCAUCCUGUCCAAAACACAGGUCUAUGUGCUUUGCAUCCCCUCGCGACUGAAGCAUGCACAGAAGCUGAUGAAGCGAUGGGGCUUCAAUGCAGUCUUUGUUCCUGGUCCGGACAAGCGCGAGCCUCCGGGCUGCAUGGGGCAAAGCCUGGGCGGUGUGGCAGUCAGCCUUCAGAGUGGCUCACAUCAGCUGAGGAUGGAUCUAGAUGAUUUGGUUGCCUCCGGCGUUAUCACGGAGGGCUACCUGGAUGUCAUUUGGCAGGAUGUGGAGUACAUGCCAGAGGGCAAGGUUGCCUGCCAUUUGGGGCAUCUGAAUAUACUGCAGCGAUUUCUCGCCAGUGAGAGCCUUGGCAGAGUGCAGGCGGAUGCAGUUAGGAAAGCCUACGCCCUCAUCUUCGAGGAUGACUUGGAGCCUGGCCAACCAGCCCUGGCGGCAGAGUUGCGCGACUUCCUGUCGAGAGUUCCGACGGAUUUCGACCUCCUGCACCUGGGCUUCGUUCGAGAGAGUCUGGAGGCGCGAAAGGCUGUGGACUCCGGUGGUCAGGUCUUCCGCUCCGUGGAGGCUUUGGGCCGGCAUGCCUAUCUUGUCAACAAGAGGGUGGCCGAGCUCCUGGUAGAGCACACGCUGCCUAUGUACAACCAUGGUGACAAGAUGUUCCAGCAAGUAUAUCAAAAGCACAACCUGAAGGCCUACCAUCCCAAGGAGCCUUUGUUCUACCAGGACCGAAUCAACUUUGAAUCGGAACUCACUGAGAGGUGGAAGCCUUCACGUGCUUUCCAGCCUACGUCUGACAACGACUUCAUCAGGGAUUGUGAUAGGCCCGAGAUGCUGCGGAGGCACGAGAGGAAGAUGCAGGAACAGACGGAGAUCAUGGCCAUGCAGUCCAAGGUCUCCUCUGUUCUGUUUCUGAACAUUGAUGGGGUGUUGAACAGACAAAAGACACCUUCAUCGUCCUCGCGGUGCGGUCGAGCACUUCCAGGUCCGCUGCGGAUACUGGCACGGGUUCUGCAACGUGCCCCCAGCUGCGUGGUGUUGACAAGUCCCUGGAGGUUGGAUGAGCGCUACGCCGGCCGCUUUAGUUCUGCGCUGGCACGUGAAGGGGUGCCCUGGGCACAAGCUGUACUUGCGGUGACACCAGAUGGGCGAGGUCGUGGAUUUGAGGGAGCAGAGCUGAAACUGCUGGAAAUUCGCUCUUGGCUGGAAAGCAACACUUGGGUCGAGGAGUGGGCAAUCCUGGACUGCUUGGAUCUGACUGGGUUGGAUGAAAGUUUGCACGGCCGUGUGGUUUGUACAGACUGUCGCUCUGGCCUUCAGGAAGAAGAGGCUGAGCUUUUAGUGAACAUCCUCACAGGGACUUAA